AUGUCUCCGAUUUUAAGGGCGAUGAAUUCCGUGUCCAAAUGGUUGGAUUCUCAUGGAGGUGAGAGCAGAGGUAUUCAUAGGUACUUACCAGAGGAAAGAGCCAAUACCAAUUUGACAAGGGCCUUCAUAUCGAUCUAUGGACUUUGGAUAUCUGGCUGUGGUGGCCUUACGUCAAUGUCCUCAUACUUUUUGGGACCUUUACUAUUUGGUUUGGGUUACAAAGAUACUUUACUAUGUGGUAUCUUUGGUACUAUUUUUGGAUGCUUAGUUGCAGCCUAUUGUGCCACUAUGGGUCCUCGUUCAGGAUUACGUCAGAUGUGCUCUGCUCGAUACCUUUUUGGACCUUAUAUGGUGAGAUUUGUUUCCCUUAUUACCAUUAUUGGUUUUCUUGGUUGGUCGGUAACAAAUUCAGUUCUAGGCGGUGAGAUCCUUUCAGAGAUAAAUGGAGGUGGACUCAGCUUAAGCUUGGGGGUUACUAUUGUAUGCCUAGUCAGCCUUGUGGUGGCAAUUUUUGGCAUACACUAUUUACUGAAGUUCGAGUCUUUGGUUGGGUUGCUUGUUAUUAUCGUGGUUAUGCUUAUGUAUAUUAUUGCAGGACCUUAUGUCACUCAGUACCACAACCUUCAAAGUCUUCCAGGAACAAAUGCUGUCACCAAAAUUGGUGCCCGAAUCUCAUUCUUUAACUUGGCUUACUCUGUCACUGCUACUUGGGGAGGAUGUGCUGCUGAUUAUUAUGUGGUUCUUCCAGAGACAGUGACUCAGAGGCGUGUGUUCAUCUCCACGUUUUUGGGUAUCGCAAUUCCAACUUUGUUUGGCGCUGUUAUUGGUAUGCUCAUAGGAAAUUCAGCUGUUGGUUAUCAGCCUUGGAACGAGGCUUACGAACAAAGCUCCUUAGGUGGUUUGCUCAACGUGAUGUUUAGUAGAUGGAAUGGCUUCGGUAAGUUCUUAUUGGUGGUUUUCUGGCUCUCUUUAAUAACCAAUAACACCAUUAAUAACUACUCUUCUGCUCUUAGUGUUCAGUUGAUAGACGACUUUUUCUUCAAAUACUUCCCCAGAUGGUUCAUAGUGGUGAUAAUUUUUGUCAUUACAUUAGUCUGUUCUUUGGUUGGAAGAAACUCGUUCAGUGUCAUUCUCUCCAACUUCUUACCUAUGCUAGGCUACUGGAUAAGUAUUUACGCUACGCUCCUUUUGGAGGAGAACGUGAUCUUCCGGUCUACGAGACUCGUCAGGUUGUACAGAUACGAGUUGUAUGGCGAUGACAAGUCGCCUGUUGACACUAGCACGACAACGACUGGAAUGGCUACGAAGGGUGAAAAACUCGAGGAAACAACGAUCAAAGUUCCACGUGACCAUGACCAUGGCCAUGACCACGACCACGACCACGAAGACCCUGCUGCGGAGUAUCCUCCUCCUUAUUCUACAACGAAGAGUAUCCCAUACUACAACUUUGAGGUGUGGAACGAUAAAAAAUACCACACUCAUGGUAUUGCAGCGUUUAUCUCAUUCUGUUGUGGAGUUGCUGGUGCCGUGAUGGGAAUGUACCAGGCAUACUACAUAGGUCCAUUAGCCAAACUUAUCGGAGAAGAUGCAGCUGAUAUUGGAACAUUCUUGUGCAUAGGAUUCACCGGAUUAAUCUAUCCAGUUUUUAGAUAUGCGGAGUUGAAACGGUAUGGAAAGUAG